ACCUUACAAUUCAAUUCAAAAAUACUUUAUUAAUCCCAGAGGGAAAUUGAUUAAAGGCACAGGUGCUUCCCCACCAUGCAGGAAAUUCGCCCUUUUAUCCAGCUGAUCCAACACACAAACAGCAACAAAUGAUGCUUAGAUAACUAAUGUAAUAAGAAGCCCUCUACGUAAUAUAUAAUAUCAGCAGAUUAAUAUGUUUAGGCAAGUUUUCACAAUUACUACAUAUUUUAUUUAUUUUUAAUACAAUUCAGAUUAAUUGUAUGAAUAGAUAUAAUUUUAUCAAGGCGUGUAAUUUUUUUAAAGGGUGAAUUAAUAUUUAUGUUUUAGGACAUUUGUCACAGUCGGAAGAUUUUCAUUGUUGCACCGGUCACUUCCUCUUCCCCACACGUUGCCAUGGUUACAGCAACCAAACGAACUUGUUUCUCCAUUUCUGCUUUCUUGGCGAGAAAAAUUAGACCUAAAACGAAAUAAGCAUCGCCCCGCCGAGUUCAUAGUCUAUAUCGUCUAAUUUUCAUUUAUCUGGAGUUAUUUUUUUGGCCGUCUGUGAAACGAAAACUCGUCGCCUUGGCAUAGUUUAAUCAGCAUGGAUGCUGGGAAUAAGCUGAAAGAAUUGAACCUAACACCGGAUGAAAUCGACAGAUUUACCAAAGCUUUCAGCGACGAGAAAUUCAAGGAUUUGUUGCGCGAAUACGCUCAAGAAAUAUCCGACCCGGAAGCCAGGAAAACGUAUGAGGCGGAGAUAAAACUCCUAGAAGAGGAGCGAGGAAACAGCGUGGAGUUCCUCCACCCGACGCCGUUUAAAGCUCUGAAAACGAGCGUGGGUGGCGAGCAGAAAUGUUACGUUAACAUCUGCGCCGACGAGAACAUAGAUAAGCCUGAAUUUACGCCUGCAGUGUCGAAGGAUGGCCGCAGGGGGCAGUGUUGGACCCUGCCUCACCGUCUUCACCGUGGGGGUCAAAUCAGAAAUGCAAAAGGUGACAAAAGUGAGACAUAUGACGUCAUUUUCCACCCUGACACGCUGCACAUGGCGACUAAAAACAAGAGAUUCAUGGAUAUGGUGGAGAAUGCCGCCAUUAAGGGAAUUCAGGAAACAUUUAACGUGACUCUGGAUGAAAAUAACGUGAGAGAGAUGAAAACAAAAUACAAAGGUGUCCCUCAGCCGUGUGUUAUUAGAAAACCCAUUCCAGGAAUCACAGCGACGAAGAAGCCACCUGAGCAGGCAGACACGCUUGCCUUCCUGUUUCCGGAUGUGACCCGGCUUUCAGAGUCGCCUCCUAAAAUAAACAGCAGCUUCCAGAUCCAACGGCAGAAAUCCAAAGAGCCAACAAAGCCUAAAUAUGCAGUAAAAUAUCGAUCUGUUGUGGAUUUACAGGACUACAGGUGUUCUAGGGAUUCUGCACAAAGCCCCAGGCCCAAAGAGAUUGUGGUGACUAUUGAUCUGCCACUUCUGAGGUCAGCUGGAGACACCAGUCUGGAAGUGAUGGAGAAAAUCCUGCUGCUGGAGUCAAGGGAGCCAGCCUACAAACUGGAGCUGCCUUUAGCCUACCCUGUGGAUGAGAACAACGGAAACGCCAAGUUCAACAAACAGAGCAGACAGCUCAUCAUCACGCUGCCCGUCCGACCACCCCAUGAAACUUUUGAUUUUUGUGUCAGACCAGCUUCACCUGUGUGUGAGACCCAGAGUGUCCAUGAGGACAAGGAAGAGAGAGCUGGGGUGGAAGAAGAAGGGGUAAAAUGGGAAAAGCUGAAGGGUGAAGACACAAGAACAGUGGAGAAAGAUGGAAAUCAAACGACAGGAAGAGAGCAAUUUAAAAACAGUGAAGGAGUCAAAGAAGACGGAAAAACUGAUAAGCAGGAAAAAACAUGUGAGCUGGAAAGAAAAGGCCUUGAAGCUGAGGAGGAGGAGGAAAUGAGAGGGGAGCUUCCCAAAAAUGAUUCACAUGAAGAUACAUUACAGGAGAAGAGCGGAGGAAACGAGGAAGAAGAUGCAAAGUUUCCUGCUGAGGAGGAAAGCACAGCUGCGGAUAAUCAUGCUAAAACUGAUCAUCAGCAUGUUCUAACCUCCAAUGAGGACAUGGAAGCUAAAUUAAACCAUGCUAUGGUGUCCAAAAAGGCAACAGACAUAAUCCAGAACAACAUGGGAGGUGUCAGCAUUUCCGAAGGAGAUGUGAAGUCUAGCCAGAUGUUUGCCACAGAUGAGACAAACUCAUUAAGCAGAAAAACCCUCACCGUCGUCCCCGUGGAGCUGAGUGAAAACCACACAGAUGGAGAUGGCGUACCAGCACAGCAAUGCUGUCAGACUCCAGAGCAUGACGAGAAGCCACCAGCGGCGUUCCUGAGGGAGAUCCAUGCAGAUGGGAAUGAGACAGUGAUCAGAGAUCACUCCACAUCUGCAGGCUUUGUCUUCCAAAACAAGCUGAUGUACGAACUGGACUGAUGUGUUUUAAACUCACUUACAGUCACAACAGGUGUCAAAACCUCACUUUCAUCUGCUUUUUGUGCGAUCUUGUUCUAAGUCUUGUGUUAGCAAAAAAAAAUUCUAAGUGAAUAUUUUAAUUUGGUUUGGUUCAAACUCUGUUAUUAAAUGUAGUUAUUACUCUUUCUUAUCGUGAAAUAUAUUCCUAAGACAAGAUGCAGAAUUAAAUGUAUUCAUUAAAUUAUUUGCAAAUUGAAAAUAUUU